AAUAAUAAUGAAAGGCCUAAUUAAUUUUUUUUUUAACAAAAGAUAGGUGUUUUAUGUGGUUGGGAAUAGGAAUAUCUUUUAUUUUUGGUAACUCGCUAUAUAAAGUCUCCCCUAAUUUUUAUCCCUUCUUCAUUCUCUCUCUCGCUCGUUCGCUCCCUCGCUCGCUCGCUCCCUUCCUCGCUUAGAUUCUCUAUUUUCUGCAUCGUAUUAGAUUUCAUUUGCUUAAAUACCAAAGCAAUUUUGUUGGUUACUUGCUCUUCUACAUUCAACAGUCAACUUUCAUGUCUGAAUUAGAACACCAGGUUCCAUCUGCAUUUGACCCCUUUGCUGAUGCUAGUGCUGAUGACUCGGGUGCUGGGUCUAAAGAGUACGUGCAUGUGCGUGUCCAGCAGCGUAAUGGUCGGAAGAGUCUAACAACUGUUCAAGGUUUGAAGAAGGACUACAGCUAUAACAAGAUACUUAAGGACCUUAAGAAAGAGUUCUGCUGUAAUGGUACUGUUGUCCAGGACCCGGAGUUAGGCCAGGUCAUUCAGCUUCAGGGUGACCAGAGAAAGAAUGUUUCUACCUUCCUUGUGCAGGCUGGCAUUGUGAAGAAGGAGCAUAUCAAGAUUCAUGGUUUUUAAGUCAGCAAUAGCAAGUUGCUACAUGUAGUCUUACACCACCUGAAGACACAAUAGUAGCCAGUAGUAGUGUUACUGCCUCAAUUAUAAUCUGUUAUCUGAAAACAAAAGAUUGUGUUUGUUAGUUCUUCUGCUUUAUGUGGAAGGGUUAUAUGUUACUCCAAGACAUAGUUUGUUACUGCUAAUCUUGUUAUGAAAAGUUAUCUGAAAACGUGAGAUUGUGAUUGUUAUUUAUAUUUAUUAUGUGUUACUCCAAGACUUAGUUUGUUACUGCUAAUCUUAUCAUGAAAAGUUAUCUGAAAA